AUGGACACCUCCUACCCACGGGAGGAUUAACUUCCUGCACCAUCCCACAAGCGGGAGCCGUCUCCCACCGUCCUUGCCGUUGGCGCCUCCCCAACGCCCCGCGACCACCUCGUCUGGUCCAUCUUCAACACCAUCUACAUGAACCUCUGCUGUCUCGGCUUCGUGGCGCUCGCCUUCUCCGUCAAGCCAGGAGAAGUAAUAAUCUCCACGACCCUUAGAGUCACCCUGCCUAAAACAGCCACAGACCAUGAGGGCCCCUCCUGCGACUGA